AUGAACUCCCAGCAAUGCGAAAACAACUCUUUUGGACCGACUGUUUCUGAUUGUCGAGGGAAUUUCGACUUCACCAAGACAUUCGAGGAUAUUUUCUUUGCAAUUGUUCCUGCGGUUCUCUUCUUGCUUGCUGCCUGUCUUAGAAUCGAGUAUCUGAGACGGCAGCCUCGAAUCGUCCAAGGGAUAUCCUAUCAGAUUCUUAAGCUGAUCCUUCUCGUCGCAUAUUUUGCCCUGCAACUCUCACGGGCCAUUGUCCUUGCCCUCCAUGACGCUUCACGCCUCACUGUUUGGGCAACGGCCCUCACGGUCGUUGGCGCUGCUGCCAUGAUCGCUCUAUCAUUGUUAGAGCAUACGAGAUCUCCCCGACCAUCCACGUUGCUGGCAGCCUUUCUUUUGCUCACGGUUCUAUUCGACGUCGUCUUGACUCGGACAUCCUGGUUAGGCAGUCUGCAACCAUGGCAGACAAUCGAUGCCCGAAUUCAGACUGCUGCAGUGGCACUCAAAGUAGUCAUACUCAUGGCCGAGUCUAAAACGAAAGAGAAACGGAUCAUCAACUGGUCCACAGAGGAUCAUGGUCCAGAGGAAACCACUGGCAUUAUUUCACUGGGCUUCUUGGCCUGGCUUAAUCCACUCUUUGUCCGAGGAUAUCGUGAACACCUUACUGUUGACAAGCUCUAUGCAAUUGAUCAGAGAAUAGGAGCAGAGUCUAUGCUAUCUUCACUUUCUCAAAGCCUCAAUAAUGGAAGACCAGGACGAAGAUUAAGUCUCGCAACUAGUCUUGCCCGAACGUUGGCCUGGCCUUUUCUUCUUCCUGUACUCCCCCGGUUGGCGAUGAUUGGUUUUACUUUCUGUCAGCCCUUCUUCAUCACUGCCUUGAUAUCAAAUACUGAGAAUACUAUCACCCCCUCUACGAUCAAUAAUGGCUAUGGAUUGAUUGGGGCUUGCAUUUUCAUCUACGGCGGCAUUGCUCUGUCGACGACUUUCUACCAAUACUACUCGCAUCGAGCAAUGUACAUGAUCCGCGCCGCUCUUGUCUCUGCCAUUUAUCAAAAGACCUUGGACUCUGGAACGAAAAAGACACCAGAUGCCGCUGCCGUGACUCUGAUGAGUACCGAUGUCGAACGCAUCAUGACCGGAUGGGUUGAUAUCCACGCCGUCUGGGCGAGCAUGAUCGAAAUCGCCUUGGGAUGUUGGCUUCUACACUUGCACCUCGGGGAAGCCUUCAUUUCGCCAGUUAUUGUCAUCGCGGUCUGUACUGGAAUGAUGGCGUGGGUGGGUAGCACUGCAGGCAAGACUCAAGCGGCAUGGAUGGACAAGAUCCAACACCGGGUUUCGAUCACGACUGCGGUGAUUGCGAAUAUAAAAGCCUUGAAGAUAUCCGGAAUUGCCCCAGGACUGGCACAUAUGGUUCAAUGGAUCCGAGAGGACGAGAUCCAGGUCGGAAAUCGAUUUCGCUUCAUCCAGGUCGUCGCGGCCACGAUUGCCUCUGCCCCGAUGUGUUUAUCGCCGGUCUUCGCCUUCGCCUUUACGGGUCAGAAUCUGGAUGUCUCGGGCUUUUUCGCCUCGCUGUCAUUUUUGGUGCUGCUCACUACCCCUCUCGGUUCAUUCUUCCAGCAGAUUCCCAACAUGCUCGCUGGCUUUGCUUGUCUUGCGCGCAUCCAGGCAUAUCUGGAGACUGACCCACGGCGUGAGAUGAGAAUUGGAUUCGAGGUGCAAGAUAAGGAAAAAUCCCAGCCUUGUUUCCCAGCUCAUGCUCUUAUAUCAAUUACAAAUGGAUAUUUUGGUUGGGCCGAAGAGAAGCCUGUUCUCCGAAACAUCAAUGCAUCCAUCCCUGCAGGCCAACUCACCAUCGUGGUUGGUCCGGUGGCAUGUGGAAAGUCUACCUUGUGCAAGACAAUUCUUGGAGAAAUUCCUUUUUCCCGGGGUGAGGUGAGGUUCGCCCAUCCAAUUCCCCAUAUUGGAUUCUGCGAUCAGACGCCGUUUCUAUCCAGCGUCAGCAUCCGGGAAAAUAUCACGGGCUCUGCGCCAUUCGACCUAGAGAAGUACAGAGACGUGAUUACCGCGACUGCCCUUGACCUUGAUAUAGCAGCCUUCUCGUCUGGGCACGACACUAUGCUUGGUGGUGGUGGGAGCAUGUUGAGUGGCGGACAGAAACAGCGGCUCUCGCUGGCUCGGGCAUUGUACCACGAUUCCCCUCUCCUCAUCUUGGACGACGUGCUGACUGGCCUCGACCACGCCACUGAAUCUGAGGUUUUCCGUCGAGUCCUCGGCCCGGAUGGACUGGUUCGUCGACGAGGUACGACGGCUAUUCUAUUUACUCAUUCCGGGCGACAUCUGCCGUCCGCUAACCACAUCAUUGCCCUUGGAGAGGACGGUACCGUGUUGGAAAACAGCCAAUUGACUGACUUGACAGAGAAUAAAGAGUAUUCUGCUGGUUUUGGCACAAAUAAUGAGGCGUCUUCAACCAGUACGGGUGCCGACAUCUCGCUGGAGAAAGAGAGUAAUCUGGCCAAAGAGAAAGCCGAACCGGAUCACGACCAGGCGCGCCAGACCGGCGACAUACGCAUAUACACCCACUACUUUGGCACCAUCCGCGCCGCUAUCCUUGGUCUGUUUUUCCUCGCCUGUAUCAUGUUUGGCUUUGGCAAUAGCUUCCCGACCAUCUGGAUCAGUUUCUGGUCCUCGGACUCCUACGGCAAAUCCAAUGCGUUUUACAUUGGGAUCUUCAGCGCUCUUCGCGUUCUCCAAAUGGUCGGCUUUUCCCUGGCAGCCUUCGUCUCCUUGGGCCCGAUGGUCGCCGAUGCUGGCGCAGGGCUUCACAAGAAUGCCCUGACGACGGUGAUUCGGGCCUCGUUACGCUUCUUCAGUACGACCAGCAAUGGAGUCAUCACCAAUCUCUUUUCUCAGGAUACAACCAUCAUCGACACGGAGCUUCCCCAGAACCUGUUUAACCUUGCUGCCGGAUUGUGCGCGGUAAUCGGGAUGGCGUGUGUGAUUGUCGUUGCUUCACCGUGGCUUGCAUUGGCGUAUCCGGUAUUAGCAGCUAUUUUGUGGGUUGUCCAGCGAGUCUACCUGCGGACGUCAAGGCAGCUGAGAUUUCUAGAUCUAGAGGCAAAAAGCCCGUUAUACACCGACUUCCUCGAGACAAUCCAGGGUAUCACGACUAUCCGGGCCUUUGGAUGGGCUGCCCAGAAACUGCACCAUAAUUACCAGCUGGUCGAUCGCUCCCAGCGACCUGCCUAUCUCCUUGCCAUGAUCCAGCUGUGGCUCCUCCUGUUGAUGAAUAUGAUUGUAUUUGGUUUGGCAACCUUGCUGACGACGAUGGCGACGCAACUGCGAACAAACCCCGGUUUUACGGGUGCUUCACUGGUCACGCUGAUGUCGUUUGGCGAACUCAUUGCCAUUCUCGUCAAGGAUUACACGGCGUUUGAGACGUCGAUUGGGGCUGUAAGUCGUCUGAAAGCUUUCAGCGAGAAGGUCAAACCGGAGGACCAGGAUGGGGAAGGUCUUGUUCCGGGAGAGGAGUGGCCCACCAAGGGCAGUGUUGAGAUUAAAGCAUUGUCGGCCUCAUAUGAUGACUUCCAUGAAAAGCCCCUCAAUCUCAUCUUGAAAAAUAUCAACCUAUCAGUACCGCCUGGUCAGAAGGUUGCCAUCUGCGGACGCACUGGAAGUGGCAAAUCCUCCUUAAUCCUUCUCCUCCUCCGUCUCCUGGAUCCAAUACCCAGCUCAUCGACCGAAUUUACAAUCGACGAUCUUCCAGUCGCGCAGAUCGACCGUUCCAUCUUGCGCGAUCGCAUUAUUGCCGUCCCACAAGACCCGGUCUUUCUCCCAGAAGGGAACACCAUCAAGGCGAAUCUCGACCCAUCCAAUUUGGCUACUGACGACGAAUGCCUUGCUGUCCUAGACACAGUCCAACUGACAACGUUGGCUAUGCAAAAAGAAGGCCUGGGCGCAGUUUUAACAGCCAAUCAACUUAGUAGUGGACAGAAGAAGUUAUUCAACUUGGGAAGAGCAAUUCUUCGUCGUGCGGUCAGGGAUAGAAGCACACUACACACUGAGAAGCACGGGGGUAUCUUAUUACUCGAUGAGAUCAGCAGUGGCGUCGACACGGCAACAGAGAAGACAAUGCACAGAAUCAUCGCCAACCAAUUCGCAGACUACACCAUUAUCUCAGUGGUCCACAGUUUGGAUAUCGUCCCGGUAUUCUUUGACCGAGUCGUGGUUAUCGAUCAGGGUGUCAUCGUGGAGAGUGGAUCCCCGGGGGAGCUUCUCCAAACACAGAGUUGGUUCAAGGAGCUGCUUCACGGUAACCACCUCUAA